AUGCCGAUGCCACAGGUACAACAGCACUCAUUUCCCAGCCCGCCCAGCGACCAGUUCUUGCGAUGGGGAGGGUCAGCGGAUCCUGCCGGCCUCGUAGACGGCACAGGGGCACAGGCUGUCAACUCUUACGGCAUUGUCCCCGGUCAGCAACAACAGCAGCAAUUCGUGCAGCCCACACCGAGCCCCAACAAUGCUGUUGCACGGAGGCAAAUGAAUAGAGCACUCGUUCCCACAAGCGCAAGGCAGAAUUUCGAUUCGCCCAGCGACCCUUGGUCCUUCGUCGGUGAAGACUCUGCACUUUUGCAGCAACAACAAGCAAACGGAACCAUGGCCGAGACCGACAACAUCGAGGUCCUGGAGGAGAUGGCUCGCAAAGCUAUGAGAGAUGCGCAGCAGAAGCGGAAGCAGAUUCCGCCAUUCGUGCAGAAGUUAAGCAGUUUUCUUGACGACGAUAAGAACUCUGAGCUCAUUCGGUGGUCCGAAAAAGGCGAAUCGUUCAUUGUCCUCGACGAGGAUGAAUUUGCGAAGAAGCUGAUUCCCGACCUCUUCAAGCACAACAACUAUGCUUCCUUUGUACGACAACUCAACAUGUACGGCUUCCACAAGCGGGUUGGCUUGUCGGACAACUCGAUGCGCGCGAGCGAGCGGAAGAACAAGAGCCCAAGCGAGUACUCGAAUCCCUUCUUCCGACGAGGGCAUCCCAACCUGCUCUGGCUCAUCAAUAAACCGAAGAGUGGUAACAAGGGCAAAAAGGGCGCCAAGAACGCAGAGGUCGAGGGCGACAGCGAGGAGGACGCCGUCAACAUUGACGAUGGCGUUACACAAGGUUUUAGCACCGCCAGUGCACCUGCCAGCAAAGCCCUGCCACCCUCGGGUGACAUGCCGAUACAGAAGAAGGAAAUGACGUUGAUCCGUGAAGAGUUGGCCAAAGUACGCGAGCAGCAGAGAAUGAUCAUGACAGCGAUUCAGCGAAUUCAGCAAGACAACACCACGUUGUAUCAACAGGCCGUGGUCUUCCAGAGCCAACACGACCGCCAUCAGAACUCGAUCAACGCCAUUCUCAACUUCUUGGCCAAUGUGUUUAGGAAGACACUCGAGGAUCAAGCGGGCCCUCAGAGUGUAAACGACCUGCUCGCGAGCAUCAUUCCGAAUGGCACAAGCUCCAGCUCUGUACCUCAAGGAAGCGUUGUGGAUUUGGGCGACUACGUCCAAGCACAAACCUCGGCAGUAAACAAUAUCAAUAUCCCGAAGCGUCGGCAAGCGCUUCUCCCGCCCAUUCCAAAUGGCCGCGCAAAUACUGUGUCGCCGUCACCAGCUAGCGGCUCGGCGACGCCUCAGCCAUUUAACCGCGAGAUGGGCACGGUCACGGAGCUCUUUGAAACCUCGCCCGGCGACCACACCUCACCCACCAACUAUCUGGCCCAGGAGCUCGAGUCGAAUCCCCACGAGAGCAUGAUGAAGAUUAUUCACGACACAAAUGCCAAUAACUCAUCCGGCAUCGACCUCCCCCACGUCGUCAAUAACACUCCCGCCACAAUGAGCAACGACCAACGGAACAAGAUGCUGAAUGCCAUGGCUGGUCGAUCUUCUGCAACACCCUCGACCAACGCUCCGCAGUCUUCCAAGCCCUCAAUGUCCGCCUCUCCCAAUCCGCCGCCUCCAUCUGUCACUGCUACCCCCGAUACGCCGCCCCCUAUGCCUUCCGCUCCCGGUCUUUCGCUUUCGCCAAUCAUGGGCUCCGCUGCGCCGCCGCCUUCACUGCAGCAAAUCAACUUCAAUCAAGAGGACCUCGCCGCGCUACACCGCAUGCAGGAGGAGCAAGCCGCGAAGCUAGACCACCUCUCGAGCAUGCUCGGACCGCUCAGUCCUUCUGGUCGCAUACCCGGGAUCGACGAGAACGGAAACGUAAACGGCUACUUUGACGGUGACCUGGAUAUUGACCAAUUCUUGAACCCAGACGCUUUCCAAGGAGACAACGCUUACCCGGGCGUCAACUUCAACGGCGACGGAAACGACUUUAACUUUACUCUCGACGGCUCGGCUCCCAACAACGGUGGAGCCAAUGUCAAUGGCACGCCGAGCUCCACCGGGACUGAAGAGGUUCCGCGGGAUGGUUUCGAUGGGCUCACUGACAGCCCCGACCGCGGUAACAAACGCAGACGAGUGGGUUGA